CCCGAGCGCGGCGGACUGGCUGUUUCCUGUCGGCGGUGCAGGUACAUGAGAUCACAGUGAUCACAGGAAUCUGUGCAGACUGAUUCCCAGUCGGUCACUGCUGCCACCAUGGCCUUUGUACCUGCUCCGAGCCCCACCGUGGUCGACCAGACCACACUGAUGAAGAAGUACCUGCAGUUUGUGGCGGCACUCACAGAUACAAACACACCUGAUGAAACGAAACUGAAGAUGAUGCAGGAGGUCAGCGAGAACUUUGAGAAUGUGACAUCUUCACCCCAGUACUCCACUUUCUUGGAACACAUCAUUCCUCGGUUCCUCACAUUUCUGCAGGACGGUGAAGUGCAAUUUCUUCAAGAGAAACCUACACAGCAAUUGAGAAAGUUAGUCCUGGAAAUCAUCCACCGCAUCCCAACAAAUGAGCACCUUCGCCCACACACGAAGAAUGUCUUGUCUGUGAUGUUUCGCUUCUUGGAGAUUGAAAGUGAAGAAAACGUGCUGAUUUGUCUUCGCAUCAUUAUUGAACUACACAAACAGUUCCGCCCUCCAAUUUCCCAGGAGAUCCACCACUUUCUGGACUUUGUGAAGCAGAUCUACAAAGACUUACCUAAAGUUGUUGCCAGGUACUUUGAGAAUCCACAGGUGAUAGCAGAAAACACUGUGCCGUCACCUGAAAUGGUGGGGAUGAUCACAUCAGUGCUGGUGAAGACUGCACCCGAGAGAGAAGACAGUGAAACACGAACACACACCAUCAUCCCUCGGGGGUCGUUGUCUCUCAAGGUGUUGGCAGAGCUACCCAUCAUAGUGGUGCUGAUGUAUCAACUAUACAAGCUGAACAUUCACAACGUGGUCUCGGAGUUUGUGCCCCUCAUCAUGAACACGAUCAUGCUCCAGGUGUCUCCGCAGGCCAGGCAACACAAACUUUAUAACAAAGAGCUGUAUGCAGACUUCAUCGCUGCCCAGAUCAAGACUCUGUCGUUUCUGGCUUACAUCAUCCGGAUCUACCAGGACCUUGUAGGGAAGUACUCCCAACAAAUGGUGAAGGGCAUGCUGCAGCUGCUCACCAACUGCCCCCCUGAGACGGCACACCUCCGCAAGGAGCUGCUCAUUGCAGCCAAGCACAUCCUCACAACUGACCUGCGCAGCCAGUUUAUACCUUGUAUGGACAAACUCUUUGAUGAAUCCAUCCUGAUCGGCUCUGGGUACACCGCUAGAGAGACUCUCAGACCCUUGGCCUACAGCACGCUGGCGGACCUGGUGCACCAUGUUCGCCAGAACUUGCCCUUGACGGAUUUAUCCCUAGCUGUGCAGCUAUUUGCCAAGAACAUUGAUGAUGAGUCACUUCCAAGUAAUAUUCAGACGAUGUCCUGCAAGUUGCUUCUCAACCUAGUUGACUGCAUUCGAUCAAAGUCAGAGCAGGAAAACGGGAAUGGGCGGGACAUUCUGAUGAGGAUGCUGGAGGUGUUUGUGCUGAAGUUUCACACCAUUGCACGCUACCAGCUCGUCUCCAUCUUCAAGAAAUGCAAACCUCAGUCAGAGAUGGGCGUGGUUGACCCCGGGGCGUUGCCCGGAGUGCCAGCCACGCCCACGCCUACCACCAACCCUGCCAUCCCACCACCUGCUCCUCCCACCCCCGUUCCAGCAACACCUCAACCACCAGCAGCAGCCCUUGACCGACCUGGGGAGAAGGAGGACAAGCAGACGUUUCAGGUGUCAGAUUGUCGCAGUUUAGUAAAGACCUUGGUUUGUGGAGUGAAGACGAUAACUUGGGGCAUCACUUCUUGCAAAGCCCCUGGAGAGGCUCAAUUUAUUCCUAACAAACAACUCCAGCCAAAAGAGACCCAGAUCUAUAUUAAACUGGUCAAAUAUGCCAUGCAAGCCUUGGAUAUCUACCAGGUACAGGUUGCCAAUAACCAGCAGACGUACAUCAGAGUGGCCAACUGUCAGACUGUUCGCAUGAAGGAGGAGAAGGAGGUGCUGGAGCACUUUGCCGGGGUCUUCACCAUGAUGAACCCGCUCACAUUCAAAGAGAUCUUCCAAACCACUGUGCCGUAUAUGGUGGAGAGGAUCUCCAAGAACUAUGCAUUGCAGAUUGUAGCAAACUCCUUCCUGGCCAACCUGUCGACAUCUGCUCUUUUUGCCACCAUCCUGGUAGAGUAUCUGCUUGAACGGCUGCCAGAGAUGGGCUCCAACGUGGAGCUCUCGAACCUCUACCUCAAGCUCUUCAAAUUAGUCUUUGGUUCGGUGUCAUUGUUUGCAGCUGAAAAUGAACAGAUGCUCAAGCCACACCUCCAUAAGAUAGUAAACAGCUCCAUGGAGCUAGCUCAGUCCGCUAAGGAACCCUACAACUACUUCCUGCUUCUUCGGGCUCUCUUCCGGUCUAUCGGAGGAGGCAGCCAUGACCUUCUCUAUCAGGAAUUCCUGCCGCUUCUGCCUAACCUGCUGCAAGGUCUGAACAUGCUGCAGAGCGGUCUUCACAAGCAGCACAUGAAGGACCUAUUUGUGGAGUUGUGCUUGACAGUCCCAGUGCGUCUGAGCUCCUUGCUGCCCUACUUACCCAUGCUGAUGGAUCCACUGGUGUCUGCUCUCAACGGCUCUCAGACUCUAGUCAGCCAGGGCCUGCGUACGCUGGAGCUGUGUGUAGACAACCUGCAGCCGGACUUCCUUUAUGACCACAUCCAGCCCGUUAGGGCUGAGCUCAUGCAGGCCUUGUGGCGUACCCUUCGUAAUCCAGCAGAAAGCAUCUCCCACGUCGCUUACCGGGUUCUGGGGAAGUUUGGAGGUAGCAACAGAAAGAUGCUGAAGGAGUCUCAGAGACUACAUUACGUAGUCACUGAGGUCCAGGGACCAAGCAUCAAGGCUGAAUUCACCGACUGCAAAGCAUCCAUACAGCUUCCAAUGGAGAAGGCAAUAGAAACAGCUCUCGACUGCCUGAAGAGUGCCAACACGGAGCCCUACUACAGAAGACAGGCGUGGGAGGUCAUUAAGUGCUUCCUGGUGGCCAUGACGAGUCUGGAUGACAAUAAACAUGCUCUCUACCAGCUUCUGUCUCAUCCCAACUUCAGCGAAAAGUGGAUUCCCAAUGUCAUCAUUUCUCACCGCUAUAAGGCGCAAGACACACCUGCCCGCAGAACGUUUGAACAGGCCCUGACCGGGGCGUUCAUGUCUGCUGUGAUAAAGGAUCUGAGGCCCAGCGCGCUGCCUUUCGUAGCCAGUCUGAUUCGCCAUUAUACCAUGGUCGCCGUGGCUCAACAGUGCGGUCCUUUCCUGCUGCCAUGCUACCAGCUUGGCAGCCAGCCAAGCACAGCCAUGUUCCACAGUGAAGAGAACGGGUCGAAAGGCAUGGAUCCCCUGGUUCUCAUUGAUGCCAUUGCUAUCUGCAUGGCCUAUGAGGAGAAGGAGCUGUGUAAGAUUGGAGAAGUGGCUCUGGCUGUCAUCUUUGAUGUGGCCAGCAUCAUCCUUGGCUCCAAGGAGAGGGCAUGUCAGCUGCCUUUGUUCUCGUACAUCGUUGAGCGGCUGUGUGCCUGCUGCUAUGAGCAGGCCUGGUAUGGAAAGCUCGGUGGUGUAGUGUCCAUCAAGUUUCUGAUGGAACGGCUUCCUUUGAUCUGGGUGCUGCAGAAUCAGCUUACUUUUCUCAAAGCCCUGCUCUUUGUCAUGAUGGAUCUCACAGGAGAGGUGUCAAAUGGUGCAGUAGCCAUGGCAAAGACCACUCUGGAGCAGUUGUUGGUGCGCUGUGCCACUCCACUGAAAGAUGAAGAAAAGACCGAGGAGCUGCUGGCUGCCCAGGACAAAUCUUUCCACAUGGUCACCCACGACCUGGUCCGAGAAGUCACGUCCCCCAACUCCACUGUCAGGAAGCAGGCCAUGCACUCCCUGCAGGUUCUAGCCCAAGUCACGGGCAAGAGUGUUACAGUCAUCAUGGAACCACACAAAGAGGUAUUGCAGGAUAUGGUUCCUCCCAAGAAGCACCUGCUGCGUCACCAGCCUGCUAAUGCCCAAAUCGGCUUAAUGGAGGGCAACACCUUCUGCACCACCCUGCAGCCACGCCUCUUUACAAUGGACCUCAAUGUGAUGGAGCACAAGGUCUUCUACACAGAACUAUUGAACUUAUGUGAGGCAGAGGAUGCUGCCCUGAUGAAACUGCCAUGCUACAAGAGCCUUCCCUCUCUGGUUCCACUCCGCAUCGCUGCCCUCAAUGCCCUGGCAGCCUGCAACUACUUGCCACAGUCCAGAGAAAAGAUUAUCGCUGCUCUGUUCAAAGCUCUCAACUCUACCAACAACGAACUGCAGGAAGCAGGCGAGGCAUGCAUGAGGAAGUUUCUGGAGGGUGCCACCAUUGAGGUGGACCAGAUUCACACCCACAUGCGGCCGCUGCUCAUGAUGCUGGGCGACUACCGCAGCCUGACACUCAACGUUGUGAACCGCCUGACUUCUGUCACGCGUCUUUUCCCCAACUCCUUCAACGACAAGUUCUGUGAUCAAAUGAUGCAACACCUUCGGAAAUGGAUGGAAGUGGUUGUAAUAACACACAAAGGAGGCCAGCGCAGUGAUGGCAGUCCUGCGAUGGAGGGUGUUGAGGAAAUGAAGAUCUGUUCUGCCAUCAUUAACCUUUUCCACCUGAUCCCAGCUGCACCUCAGACUCUAGUCAAACCUCUUCUGGAGGUGGUCAUGAAGACGGAGAGGGCGAUGCUUAUCGAGGCGGGCAGUCCAUUCAGGGAACCUUUGAUCAAGUUCCUGACGCGUCACCCGUCUCAAACAGUGGAGCUAUUCAUGAUGGAGGCUACACUAAAUGAUCCCCAGUGGAGCCGGAUGUUCAUGAGUUUUCUGAAACACAAAGAUGCCAAGCCUCUCAGAGAUGUGUUAGCAUCUAAUCCCAACCGCUUCGUGCCCCUGCUUGUUCCUGCCGGCACUGCGGCAACCGUUCGUCCAGGAUCCCCCUCCACUACCACAGCUAGGCUGGACCUGCAGUUUCAAGCUAUUAAGAUUAUUAGCAUCAUAGUGAAAAAUGAUGAGGGUUGGCUGGCAGGGCAGCACUCGCUGGUCAGCCAGCUGAGACGGGUCUGGGUCAGCGAGGCCUUCCAGGAAAGACAUCGCAAAGACAACAUGGCAGCCACCAACUGGAAGGAGCCCAAACUGUUGGCCUUUUGCUUGUUAAGCUACUGCAAACGUAACUACUCAGAGAUUGAGCUGCUGUUCCAGCUGCUGCGGGCUUUUACGGGUCGCUUCCUUUGCAACAUGACCUUCCUGAAGGAAUAUAUGGAAGAAGAUAUUCCAAGAAACUACUCCAUCGCUCAGAAACGCGCCCUGUUCUUCCGCUUUGUUGAGUUCAAUGACCCCCACUUCAACGAUGAGCUGAAAGCAAAGGUACUCCAGCACAUUUUGAACCCUGCAUUCCUGUAUAGCUUUGAGAAGGGGGAAGGUGAGCAGCUGCUUGGACCACCCAACCCCGAAGGAGACAAUCCCGAGAGCAUUACCAGCGUUUUCAUCACCAAGGUUCUGGACCCAGAGAAGCAGGCUGACCUCUUGGACUCGCUGCGAAUCUGCCUCCUGCAGUUCUCCACCCUGCUAGUGGAGCACGCGCCGCACCAUAUUCACGACAACAACAAGUCCCGCAACAGCAAGCUGCGGCGCCUCAUGACAUUCGCAUGGCCGUGCUUGUUACCCAAAGCCUGCGUGGACCCCGCGUGCAAAUACAGCGGCCACUUACUUCUGGCCCACAUCAUUGCAAAGUUCGCCAUUCAUAAGAAGAUCGUACUGCAGGUUUUCCACAGCCUCUUGAAGGCCCACACGAUGGAGGCGCGGGCCAUUGUGCGGCAGGCCAUGGCCAUCCUGACUCCAGCGGUGCCUGCCCGUAUGGAGGACGGCCACCAGAUGUUGACCCACUGGACUCGCAAAAUCAUCGUGGAGGAAGGGCACACCGUACCGCAGUUGGUUCACAUACUGCAUCUGAUCGUGCAGCAUUUCAGGGUGUACUACCCUGUCCGCCACCACCUCGUGCAGCACAUGAUAAGUGCAAUGCAGCGUCUGGGCUUCACACCCAGUGUGACCAUAGAGCAAAGGAAGCUCGCUGUGGACCUGGCUGAGGUUGUCAUAAAGUGGGAGUUGCAGAGAAUUAAAGACCAGCAGCCGGAGUCCGAGACUGAAGUAGUGGCUGGGGAAGGAACGAGUGGAGCAACUGUGAAAAGAGGACUGUCUCUUGAAUCUGCCACAGCGGGACAAGAUGUGAAGAGAUUCCGUACGACGACGGGCGCUGCCUCCUCGGUGUUUGGACGCAGCCAGUCCAUGCCAGGGACAGAGACCAUGCUCAACAAGCCCGUUGAGAAACAACACACUGAUACUGUGGUCAAUUUCCUCAUCAGGAUUGCAUGUCAGGUGAACGACAGCGCCAAUGUGGCCGGGUCUCCGGGAGAGUUGCUGUCCCGCCGCUGCGUUAGCCUGAUGAAGACUGCCCUCAGGCCUGACAUGUGGCCUCGUGCGGAGCUCAAACUGCAGUGGUUUGACAAGCUGCUAAUGACGGUGGAACAACCAGCACAAGCAAACAUCUCCAACAUCUGCACGGGACUGGAGAUCCUCUGCUUCCUGUUGACGGUGCUGCAGUCCCCUGCCAUCCUGGCCCAUUUCAAGCCUCUCCAGCGAGGCAUCGCUGCCUGCAUGACCUGCGGGAAUACCAAAGUCCUGCGGGCUGUCCACUCCCUCCUGUCACGCCUAAUGAGCAUCUUCCCAACUGAGCCAAGCACAUCAACUGUGGCAUCGAAAUAUGAGGAACUAGAGUGCCUGUAUGCUGCUGUGGGCAAAGUUAUCUAUGAGGGACUUACCAACUAUGAAAAAGCUACAAGCAACACAAACCCCACACAGCUCUUUGGGACACUGAUGAUCCUGAAGUCAGCCUGCAGUUAUAAUGCCAGCUACAUUGAUCGCCUGAUCUCUGUGUUCAUGCGCUCGCUGCAGAAGAUGGUCCGGGAACACCUGAGCCCCCAACAGGCCAACCCAGGAGUCACUGAAACCAACACAGUGACCAGUGAGCUGAUAAUGCUGAGUCUCGACCUGGUGAAAACCCGAUUGUCCGUCAUGAGCAUGGAGAUGAGGAAGAACUUCAUCCAGGUCAUCCUAACCUCUCUGAUUGAGAAAUCACCCGACCCCAAAAUCCUCCGUGCCGUCGUCAAGAUCGUGGAAGAGUGGGUGAAAAACAACUCCCCGAUGGCUGCCAACCAGAUGCCAAACCUGCGUGAGAAAUCCAUCUUGCUGGUGAAGAUGAUGACCUACAUAGAGAAACGUUUCCCUGAUGAACUUGAGUUAAAUGCUCAGUUCCUGGACCUCGUUAAUUACGUCUACAGGGAUGAUAGCCUUUCAGGAAGUGACAUCACGUCCAAGCUGGAGCCAGCCUUCCUAUCGGGACUUCGCUGCAGUCAGCCGUUAAUCAGGGCCAAGUUUUUCGAGGUGUUCGACACCUCCAUGAAGCGCCGCGUCUAUGAGAGGCUACUUUACAUCUGCUGUUCUCAAAACUGGGAGGCGAUGGGCAGCCACUUCUGGAUCAAGCAGUGCAUAGAGCUGUUGCUAGCAGUGUGUGAGAGAAACACCAUCAUCGGCACCAGCUGCCAGGGAUCCAUGCUGCCUUCUAUCACAAACGUCAUUAACCUGGCUGACAGCCAUGACCGUGCUGCUUUUGCCAUGGCGACACAUGUCAAACAGGAGCUGCGUGAGAGGGAAAACAGUGAGACGAAAGAGGAGGAUGUAGAGAUUGACAUAGAACUAGCACCUGGAGACCAGACAGCCAUUCCCAAGACUAAGGAGCAGGCCGAGAGAGACACAGGCAAUCAGCUACAUAUGCUCACUAACCGUCAUGACAAGUUCCUCGAUUCAUUACGGGAGGUGAAGACGGGGGCUCUUCUGAACGCUUUGGUCCAGCUCUGUCACAUCGCAACACCUUUGGCUGAAAGGACUUGGGUGCAGCUCUUCCCUCGCCUCUGGAAGAUCUUGUCUGAUAGACAGCAGCAUGCUUUGUCUGGUGAAAUGAGUCCUUUCCUGUGCAGCGGCAGUCACCAGGCCCAGAGGGACUGCCAGCCCAGUGCCCUCAACUGCUUUGUGGAAGCUAUGUCCCAGUGUGUGCCUCCAAUUCCCAUCCGUCCCUGUGUGCUAAAGUACUUGGGAAAGACACACAAUCUCUGGCUGCGCUCCACUCUCAUGCUGGAGCAGCAGGCCUUUGAAAAAGGUCUCAGCCUGCACAGCAAACCCAAGCAGAGCACCGAGUUCUAUGAACAGGAAAGCAUCACGCCACCUCAGCAGGAGAUUCUGGACUCCCUGGCAGAGCUCUACUCGCUGCUCCAGGAGGAAGAUAUGUGGGCGGGUUUAUGGCAGAAAAGGUGCAAGUUUCCUGAGACGGCCACAGCCAUUGCUUAUGAGCAGCAUGGUUUCUUUGAACAGGCCCAGGAAAGUUAUGAGAAAGCGAUGGAGAAGGCUAGAAAAGAGCAUGAGAGGAGCAACGUGUCCCCAGCUAUAUUUCCUGAGUACCAGCUGUGGGAGGAUCACUGGAUACGCUGCUCCAAGGAGUUGAACCAGUGGGAACCUCUGACUGAAUACGGCCAAUCGAAAGGCCACUCGAACCCUUACCUCGUGCUCGAGUGCGCCUGGAGGGUUUCCAACUGGGCCGCCAUGAGGGAGGCUCUGGUGCAGGUGGAAAGUAGCUGCCCCAAAGAGAUGGCUUGGAAGGUGAACAUGCACCGUGGCUACCUGGCCAUCUGCAACCCAGAAGAGCAGCAGCUCAACUUCAUAGAGCGGCUGGUGGAGAUGGCCUCCAGCCUGACCAUACGCGAGUGGAGGAGGCUGCCUCACAUUGUGUCCCACGUGCACACGCCGCUGCUGCAGGCAGCGCAGCAGAUUAUUGAGCUGCAAGAAGCGGCUCAGAUUAACGCGGGGCUUCAACCCGCCAACCUGGGCCGCAACACAAGCCUCCACGAUAUGAAGACGGUGGUGAAAACCUGGAGGAAUCGACUCCCCAUCGUUUCUGAUGACCUCUCCCACUGGAGCAGCAUAUUCAUGUGGCGCCAACACCACUACCAAGCUAUAGUGACGGCGUAUGAGACAAACACGCAACAUGAUCCAAACAACAACAAUGCCAUGUUGGGAGUUCACGCCUCAGCGUCUGCUAUCAUUCAGUACGGCAAGAUAGGACGCAAACAGGGAUUGGUGAAUGUGGCUCUGGACAUCCUGAGUCGCAUCCAUACCAUCCCUACAGUGCCCAUCGUUGACUGUUUCCAGAAGAUCAGACAGCAGGUCAAGUGUUACUUGCAGCUGGCUGGUGUCAUGGGCAAGAACGAAUGCAUGCAGGGUUUAGAGGUGAUUGAGUCGACCAACCUGAAGUACUUCACCAAGGAGAUGACUGCUGAGUUUUAUGCUCUUAAGGGCAUGUUCUUGGCACAAAUCAACAAGUCAGAGGAGGCAAAUAAGGCCUUUUCAGCAGCGGUGCAAAUGCAUGACGUCCUGGUGAAAGCCUGGGCCAUGUGGGGGGACUACCUGGAGAACAUCUUUGUCAAAGAUCGCCAGCUCCAUUUGGGAGUCUCUGCUAUUACAUGCUACCUCCACGCAUGCCGCCACCAAAACGAGAGCAAGUCCCGGAAGUACCUAGCAAAGGUGUUGUGGCUGCUCAGCUUCGAUGACAAGAACACACUGGCAGAUGCUGUGGACAAAUACUGUAUUGGAGUACCGCCCAUCCAGUGGUUGGCAUGGAUACCACAGCUUCUGACCUGCCUGGUAGGGUCGGAAGGCAAACCUCUGCUCAACCUAAUCAGCCAGGUGGGACGAGUGUACCCCCAGGCUGUCUACUUUCCAAUCCGCACCCUCUACCUGACUCUCAAGAUUGAGCAGAGGGAGCGCUACAAAAGUGAUGCAUCUGGACAGCAGCAGCCCAGUUCGGUGGGGUCCCAGCCUCACUCCGGGGCCUCUGAUCCCGGACCGAUCCGGGCCACGGCCCCUAUGUGGCGCUGCAGCCGGAUCAUGCACAUGCAGCGGGAACUGCACCCCACCCUGCUCUCCUCGCUGGAGGGCAUUGUGGACCAGAUGGUGUGGUUCAGAGAGAACUGGCAUGAAGAGGUCUUGAGGCAGCUGCAGCAGGGCUUGGCUAAAUGCUACUCUGUGGCCUUUGAGAAGAGUGGAGCCGUGUCUGACGCAAAGAUCACACCACACACGCUCAACUUUGUCAAGAAGCUGGUUAGCACCUUUGGUGUCGGCUUGGAGAACGUCUCCAACGUUUCCACCAUGUUCUCCAGCGCUGCCUCUGAGUCGCUAGCCCGGCGGGCCCAGGCCACCGCGCAGGACCCUGUUUUCCAGAAGAUGAAGGGGCAGUUCACAACAGACUUUGACUUCAGUGUCCCGGGCUCCAUGAAGCUCCACAAUCUGAUCUCCAAGCUGAAAAAGUGGAUCAAAAUUUUGGAGGCGAAGACAAAACAGCUGCCCAAGUUCUUUCUCAUUGAGGAGAAAUGCCGCUUUCUCAGCAAUUUCUCUGCACAAACUGCUGAAGUGGAGAUUCCUGGCGAAUUCCUGAUGCCCAAACCUACCCAUUACUACAUCAAGAUUGCCAGGUUCAUGCCCAGAGUGGAAAUAGUUCAGAAACAUAAUACGGCAGCACGCCGUCUCUACAUCCGUGGCCAUAACGGCAAAAUCUACCCCUACCUGGUCAUGAACGACGCCUGCCUGACCGAGUCGCGCCGGGAGGAGAGAGUUUUGCAGCUUCUCCGCCUCCUCAACCCCUGUCUGGAGAAGAGGAAGGAGACCACCAAAAGGCACCUUUUCUUCACUGUGCCCCGAGUGGUGGCGGUGUCGCCUCAGAUGCGGCUGGUAGAGGACAACCCGUCAUCUCUGUCGCUGGUGGAAAUCUACAAACAGCGAUGUGCCAAGAAGGGCAUCGAGCACGACAACCCCAUCUCGCGAUAUUACGACCGUCUGGCCACCGUGCAGGCUCGAGGCACGCAGGCCAGCCACCAGGUUCUGAGGGACAUCCUAAAGGAGGUGCAGGGAAACAUGGUUCCUCGCAGCAUGCUGAGGGAAUGGGCCCUCCAUACUUUCCCCAACGCCACCGAUUACUGGACCUUCCGGAAGAUGUUCACCAUCCAGCUGGCGCUCAUCGGCCUGGCUGAGUUCAUGCUGCACCCUCAACAGCUCAACCCCGAGAUGCUGCAGAUCGCACAGGACACGGGAAAGCUGAACGUCUCCUACUUCCGCUUCGACAUCAAUGAUGCCACAGGCGAGCUGGACGCCAAUCGGCCCGUUCCGUUCCGCCUGACGCCGAACAUCUCGGAGUUCCUGACGACCAUCGGCGUCUCCGGCCCGCUCACCGCCUCCAUGAUCGCUGUGGCGCGCUGCUUCGCUCAGCCAAACUUUAAGGUGGACGGCAUCUUAAAGGCGGUCCUGCGCGAUGAGAUCAUCGCCUGGCACAAGAAGACGCAGGAGGACACGUCCAUCCCCCUCUCUCCAGCAGGCCAACCAGAAAACAUGGACUCCCAGCAGUUGGUCUCGUUGGUCCAGAAAGCCGUCACCGCCAUCAUGACCCGCCUCCAUAACCUGGCUCAGUUCGAGGGAGGGGAGAGUAAGGUCAACACCCUGGUGGCCGCGGCAAACAGCCUGGACAACCUGUGUCGCAUGGAUCCCGCCUGGCACCCCUGGCUCUGAGAGAGCGGGAGGGCGAGCAGCGACGCCACACUCUCUGAACCUCACGAGUUGAAGGACAAACGCGUUUUCGUUUACUUCAGUUACAUUUCUAACGAGGGUUCCUACACGUACGUUUCACUUCACUGUAACUGAAGUGUGUUUGUCUCUGGCGAUGAUUGAAAUACACUCGUACAGAAGUGUAUCUGAAACAAAGGCCUUGAUUAUUACACUGUUGGUUUGAAUGAAACACAAAUUCUCUUUCAACUGUAUUUAUUUUUAUAAGAGAGCGACAGGAAACCUGUCUGUGAUGCCAGUGUUGGUGUUUUUAUUAUAAGAUGAGGCAGAACAGAGAUUUGAGCCAAUCUUACGACUUUAUGACAGUUUAUUUAUAAGAUGAGGAAAUCUGUAUUCUCUCUGUUUCACAUACAUCCAGAGCUUUAUCCACUUUGUUUUAUUUCAUUUUUUUUUCUAAAAUGUGUAUUUUUACUUGAACGUAGCUUUCUGUCUGUCCCUGGAAAAUGAGGAAUAUUUUUGUGAGUAGCCAACAAUGCUCUUUAAGUAAUCUUUGUUUAAGCAACGGGUCAAACUAUUCUAAGAUGUAAUUAUUUUACAAAGUCCAUUUUACCGUUUACUGUUUUUUUUUUUUUUGUUUCUUCUCAGUCAUGACAAUUGUCACUGUAAAUAGCUCAACUAGCUGACAUGGAAACGUGUCAUUCCAAGGCUGGGUCCGUAACGGAUUUUCUUUCCCUUUUUGUAAAGGUAUUUGCCCUUUUCCAACAGAUGUAUCGCUCUUGCCUUGUAAAUAAGCGUUUUGUUGUGAUAAAAUGUUCUUUUUAUCAUACAGAA